AUGGGCUCAGUUUUUCCAAGUGGUCAUACUAUGGGUGACACAAGGAAAUCAACCUUUGAAUGGAGUAAUAGCAUAUCGCAGAAUGAUCAAAGAACCGAGAACGCUGGAAGCUCUAUAGGCUCAGUGGUCCCUGCCAUACCCCCGGCACCAUCAAAUUUUCAGCCUGACCUAGGUGCUCCUAUUACCUCGCCCCAGCUGAGUCCUUUUUUGGACCACCGUUUAAGACAACAGGCCAUGGCACACAUGAUUUCUGCCGAUAAGAAUUUUUUGGCUUAUAAUAUGGACUCUUUCAAAAGCAGAGUGACUAAGGCAUGUGACUAUUGCCGAAAGAGAAAAAUUAGAUGUACAGAAAUUGAUCCGAAUUAUGGUAGAUGCAGAAACUGUAUCAAGUAUAACAAAGACUGUACGUUCCAUUUUCAUGAAGAAUUGAAAAGGAGGCGCCAAGAGACUUCAAAUAAUAAAGAUAUCGGAAAGCCAGUCAAGAAGCACAAAUCCGAUAAGGAAAACGCAUUUGGCGACGAAAAUUUUGAUGCAGUGGCGCCAGUAAGCAGUACUUCCUCUACGGACAGCAUGCUCAGAUUACAAGAACCAAUUAAACCUCAAGAAAGCUCUGGGGUUUAUGCUGCAAGCGGAGCAAGUGAUAGAGACGAUGAAGUAUCUGAGCAUAAUCCCAUUGAUGAGGAAGUGUUGGGGGAAAUAGAACUAAAUCAUAGAAAGGUUUCUAGAAAAGUUUUUGUGCUUGAAGAAGUCUGCAAGAAUAUGAAGGAAAUGAUAGAGAAAUUAGCAGAAAAUACUGGAACAGACGUUGUCAAUAGAGAGUUUAUGAAACGACCAAAAAGAAAACAAUAUUCGAAGGCCUUGUUAACUAAACAAAAACUGUUGCAUUUUAGACAGAAUAUUUCUCCACAUUUAACUGACGAAGAAUUUGUAGCACCAAUAAAUGAUAUGUUUACAACAACUUUUAAAUACUCUAUUUUGCAAACCAAAAUGGCACUGGAUUUUUCUUUUCGAUCUGCCUCAUCUCCGUCGAAAGAGAAUAUCUUGUAUCCGUUACCUUCUUUGGCGAUUGCGAAGCGCCUGAUCGGAAAUAUAAGAUGCCCGUCAUUAGCUUCUCUUCUCCACAUAAUUGAUAUAAACCAGUGUUUGAGACUUGCCGACACAUAUUAUAGCCCCUCCAAAGGGAAGCUUACUUCGUCACAAGCUUUUUUGUUUAAUAUAUGCUUGUGUAUUGGAGCUACUGUGACGAACUUCAAAGAGAAACAAGAGCUCAUUGGUGAAAACGGUCAUGAAAUUUAUUAUUUUGAGAAGUUUGAAUUGUGGAAAUUGAGGUCGUUCACCUUCCUCAAUUCCGUCUACUACUACCAUAAACUGGGUGUGACACGGGUUGACAUGACGACAUUAAAGGCAUUGCUUUUACUAGCGAAGUUUACUCAGCAAAAAAUCAGCGCCUCGUCAGCCGUUAAGGUACUUUCUGUGGCAAUCAAGGUUGCAUUGGAUUUGCGACUCAAUUUGCACUCUACCUAUGAAGAUCUAGAGCUUGAUGAAAUAAUUAAAAGGCGGCGCUUAUGGUGCUUUUGUUUUUCAACUGACAAAUUUUUUUCUGUAGUCUUGUCAAGACCACCACUCCUUAGGGAGGAAAACACGGAUGUCUUGACAGAUGAUAGUUACGUUGAGUUAUUCAGGGACAAAAUUCUGCCAAAUCUUCUCAAAAAAAAUGACAACGAACAAUUACAAAAAGUGAAAGAUAUAAUGUCGGUUGUGAACCUAUUGGCGAAUCACCUUGAAUAUAUGCCAUACAUUCAUUCAUAUUUCGUAUCGAGAUUAGCCCUUAUAGAAUCCCAUAUCUAUUACUCAUGCUUUUCCAUCAGAACUACUCUUGACGACACGCUUGAUGAAAUUAUCGAGAACGUUUUCGAGAAUUGCAAAGCACUGGACAGAAUGCAGGAUGAUCUACCCAUUAUACUUUCAUUGGAAAAUUACAAACAAAACAUGAAGAUUUUAGCUUUAGAGUUCCCCAAACUGGACUUUGAAAUGAAUUGCUGUACAACAAUUCUUUUACAUCUCAGAUGGUAUCAUCAAAAGAUAACUUUGAACUUGUUUGUUAUUUCCAUUAUCAAAGACAAUUUAGACCAAUGUGCAAGCUCUCGCCAUGAUGUAAUUGAAAUACUUAGAACAUCAAAAUUAAAUUUUAAACAAAAUUGCAUUGCAGUACUGAAUAUAUUGAAGGAUUUUGACUAUUAUCCUACUAUCCAGAACGAAUUCUUGUAUUUUUCCCUCACGACGGUAUUUUCCAUGUUCCUAUAUUUAUCUGAGAGUAUGAAAAAUGAUGAAAACGCUUUAGAAACUGGUUACAUAAUCGCAUUACUUAGGGAUACGCAUACCCGUAUGCUAGGAUCAGAGGAGAAUUAUCAUUCCAUAUACAAUUUGAAAUGGCAGACAUCUCUUUUUUUUUAUACCUUUUUUUUACGAAGUACAAUGGAAAAAUUCAAUCUCUCAAGUAAGUAUGCGAAAUUCUAUGAGUUUGAUCCGAAAUAUUACGAUGAUAUUUCAAAGAAAUUGGCCAAGCAUGCAAGGGAAUCAAAAGACGAUAUGGUAGAGCUCUUAAAAACUUCCUUCAUAAACAAAAAAAAGAUGACUACAUUCGGCAGUUUUGUUACGGAAGACCAAGACCAAAUGAAAGUGUCAUUUAAUCUCUUUAAGGAAAUAACAAUGCAUGAUUUGAACUUCUUGAAAGUGUCAAGCAUUCCGAAAUUAUGGGGAUACAGUACUGCGAGUUCGAGUAAAGACUUUAGUGAUAGUAACGAUAGCAACGCUACCUCUAAUAAAAACACCAAAAACUCGAACGAUGAAGAUGAUGCUAAUGAUAAUGACAACAAGAAUGAUGAUGAUGAUGAUGAUGAUGAUGAUGAUGGAGAAAAAGAAGAAGAAGAAGAAGAAGAAGAAGAAGAUGAUGAUGAUGAUGAUGACAAUGAUAAUGACAAUGAUAAUGAUGUUGACGAUUACGACAGAUCCCUAUUCCCAACAGGUUUCACUACAUCCAUAGACGAGACAUAUUCUGAGCAGGGAACAAAUGAAAAUAAUGAUGAAAACGCGAUGUCAAACAAAUUAUUUGGAAAGAUCGAAGAAUACUUGGACCAUGGUGUAUUCUUUUAUGACCGGGAUUUCUUUUUUAGGAAACUGGGCGCAAAAAUGUGA